GCCCAAUCGGAGACUUACCGAGGGGAGCGUGUACCGUGAUAGAGCGCGUGAGGGAUGAAAGUCGUUCUCUCGAGACUCGAGAGUUUCGGUGUAUAAAAAAAUAAAAACAGUGCCGCUCUUGGCAAUGCCGGCCCUCUAGUCUAAUCAGCUGCAUCGAAUCACGCCCCUUCUUCUUCCCCUCUUCUCCUCUCCCCUUCUGUUGCUUCCAAAUCCACUCCCAACCGCUUGAAAAGUGAGGCCAUCCCCAAUUUCCCUCCAAAAAUCCCAACUUUCUUCCAUCCCGCGCGUUCCUCAUUUCGCGAAAACCCCUCAGGGCUUCGCUUUCUGGCUAGGGUUUUAUCUUUCUCUUUUCUUCUACCGAAUCUUUACCUUCGGUUUGCUUCUUUCGGGGACACCCUUCUUUGCUAUGGAAAUUCUUUUUCAAGGGUUUUAGGGUUGUGCAAUUCACUCAAGGGGCAAGGUUCGAUCUGUGUUCUGCUGCUUUCUUGUCUGAGAGAUCCUUCUUGAGCUGGGACUGAUUCGGAUUGGUUAAUCAUUCUUUUCGCCUGUGCUCUUCCCUGCCGAGCUUUGGGGAGACGUGAUGAGCGAGAUUUUCUAUUAUUUAGUUCGGUUAAUGGUUUCUUCGUGGUGUGUAUUGGGAUGAGUCUAGGUUUAUGAAUUUUAUGAGAAUAACUGCUCAGGUUGGGGGUGUUUUGAAACCCUAAUUUUGACAUGAAGGUGCAAAUAUGAGCAAUGGAGGUGCAGAGAGUACACCGGGAAGAUCAAAAGCUGACGACUUUGGCUACGCAGUGGCCAGAAAGGCUGUAGCUCAGGUUUGUGAAAAGGUUGGCUUUGAGGGGUUGAAAGAGUCGGCCUUGGAUGCACUAACUGACGUAACCCUCCGGUAUCUCCGUGACCUGGGCAAGACAGCAAGCUCCAAUGCCAAUAUAUGUGGCAGAACGCAAUGUAGCAUCUUCGAUGUUGUUCGAGGUUUUGAAGAUAUUGGCUCCUAUCAAGGAUUUCCAGGUGCUUAUAAUUCCGGUAGUUGUCUUGUUAGUUCUGGCACUAUUAGAGAUAUAAUUGAUUUUGUGGAGUCUGAGGAAGAGAUCCCAUUUGCACAACCAGUACCACAGUUCCCCAUUGUUAGAGAGAGCAAGUUAAUUCCUAGUUUUGAGAAAAUGAACGAAACACCUCCGGGGAAUCAUAUUCCGGCUUGGUUACCGGCAUUGCCAGAUCAGCACACAUAUAUGCAUACACCAAUGUGGGAUGAGAGGGUUUCAGAUCCUAGGGCAGAGAAGAUUGAGCAAGCUCGCCAAAGGAGAAAGGCAGAGCGGGCUUUGUUGAGUCUGCAGCAGAGGCUGGCCAGUAAUCGCACAGCAGGUGCUUCGUCAUCUGGUGUGCUGGCUAGUGAAUAUGUCAAGGAAACGGGUGUAACUGAUGGAAACCCUUUCCUCAGGCAACUUUUGAAGCCUGGGGAGAAGGGUACUUCGGUUCCUGUGCCAAAUAAUAUGGAGAAGCAUGUCUCUGUGAUGGAGCCGUUUGCCCCAGCUAUUGAGGCAGCUAAAGAAGUAGGGGUUAAUGAGGAUGGUGAUGGUGAAGGGGGAAGGACUUUGCUCCCAGAGAAGAGGCAUACUGUGAAGUUUAGGUUUAAAACUAGGGAGAGGAUGUUAGUUGAACCGUUAGAUGUGCAUCUUACAAAGAAGGGGGAAUGGAGAUCAGAAUUCAGAGCAGUCAUUAGGCCGGGAGGACGAGAGGGAUGACAAGAAGAGGAGGGCAGAGUAUAUAUACAGACAGUCUAUGGAGUACCCACCAGAACUCACUCAGUUGUAAACUAAUUGAUUUGUUGACUGGAUUUAGCUUAUUCAGAAAUUGGGAUAAUGCAUUGUAGCAGGCUGUGGCGAUGUAUGUUUUAGUAUGAGCUAUCCUGACGGGGGUUCUGGUUGCUGCCGUUGUGCUGUAUCUUUACAUUAUUCUGUGUAUUGUAGGGGUGUCCUCCUGACAUUUGGGGUUUAGAUUCCCGACUGAUUCUUUACCAUGAAGAUUUUGCAUAAUUCAUUCCCGUCAAAUAUUGUACCAAUGCCAUCAUAUCAUAGCCAAGUGUGUUUGUAUGACUUUGUGCGUAGAAGCAGGUGGGUGCCAGCAAAAGACUGCAAUUGCGGCCGUCGAUGCACUUGUAUUGCUGUUAGUCUCGUGGACCUGUUGGGCGUCUGGGAUGAGAAUCAGUCAUGGAAUCGAAAGACUUGUUGUUAAAGGGGGCCACGCGAGCUGAAUCGGGGAUGUGGUAAGGUAGCCACACUUGGGCUUCCUGCUCGGACAUGACUCUUCAGCUAUAGUUGAAUGAACCAAGGCUUUUUAGGCGUUUACCCCUUUGAUUCGUGAUUUUUUUUUUUUUUUGGGUCAGAUGGAGCUUGUUUUAUGACUUGGUUCAGGGUACAAAACUCAUUAGUUUUGCGGUAUAUGAUUGAUUGUGAUUUAAUAAAGGAAGAUUCAAUUAUCCAUAUGAUAGAGGAGUAAGGUGGGAAAUAAGUAGAGUUGCUGAAUUUUCUGCCCGUUGUCCGAAUUUUGAGGGGUGCAACUUUUGUUCUUUGUUUACGACCCACCUUGUUCACGAAUCCACUUGCUAUUGAAUCAACAUAAGGAGAUGUCGAUGAGAGAAAAGAAUGAGCUUUGGUUUAGGGCUUGAAUGAGAAUAUCCAACUGACGCGAAUUUCGAGAUAUUAAUAAAGUAUUUUUCAAAUCUCUCACGAAAAUUUAACGAACCAUAACUCAUUUGUAUUACGUUGGAUUUCAAAAAUUGUUGCAUGGUAAUACUACUAGCCUAGAACUUGGAGGUCUCAGGUUCGAAUCUCUUAAAUAUUACAUUAAGCAUAAAAAAAUUAAACUUAUAUCACCCUUAUCCGGAAAAAAAUCUUGAAUAGAAAUAUCCGAUUUUUUGUGCUUUUCAUGAUGAUAUCAAUUUAUGAUAUUUUUUAAAUAAGAAAAUUAUGAUCAUCAUAUCACGAAUUAUCACUAACAACGAUAUAAUAUCAUUGUCGUAUGAUGUUGAUAUGGUAGUGUUAUAAUGUUGGUAUGAUAUUGAUAUGAUGUUAGUGUUAUUGAUCACUUCAAUCCGUGCAGGUUUUUGUCAGAGGUUUGCACGUAUCCACAACUACCCCAUCCUAGGCCAAGUUUAACCUAGAACAAGUUGUCGUAUAGUGGUAUUCAAUGUCGUAUUCUACCCGAGUCCCGGUACCCUACCCUACUUCCCACCUUGCUGCCAAUUAGUUAAUCGAUUUUUUAAGGUUUUGAGUGGAGGAUAUGAGGAAACUCUAGUCUACGGAUUGACCAAAGCUAAAAGCAGGUACUUCGAGGACUAAUCCUCCCCCUAGUUUAGGGUCAUUAUGCAUAUAUAGAUAUCUAGGGUCAUCGAAUGUGGUGAGUGAGCUCUUUUCCGUGGGCCUUCGUCGUUAUCCAUACGCCUCCCCUAAACCCAUGUUCCCGUCACCUCGAUCUAGGAUAUCGUAUCUGGGACAUUAAGUAUAUGGCUCAUUUCAAUAGACACUAUCCACCGUACACACCGAGGUUUUAUCCCGGGUUUGACAUAGGGAAGCCACCUAUAGCCGGCGUACGGUUGCCUCGACCACUAUAGAUAGGCCCCCAUUCACACAUCUAACCUAAACUCGCCAGAUGGCGCAUACCCGUCUAACCCUAUAACUCCGUACCCAGCGCGGUAGCAUAAAGCAGGCUAAGAGGGAAGAUUGGGGCACAGUUGCCCAAGCGUCAUCAUUUAGGAAAGAGUGGCAUUAAAAUCAACUAGGGAAACACAUUCAUUCAUUCAAACCCUAAAACAUCUAUAUAUACAAAGUAAAUCCUAAAACUAGGGUUUGGGGGUAUAGAACCCCUAGUACCUUAGAGAACUACUCCAUAAUGGAGGAAAGAAGAUACAUGGUAGAUACAGAAGAAGACUUGAGGUUGGGGAAGAUCCUCCUUGCUCCUAGCUCUUCCUUCUUCUCAUUCUCUUCUCCUUCCUUCAGCUUCUCUCUCUUCUCUCUCUAGAACCAAAAAAUUUCUCUCAAAAUUAGCUCUCCUAAAAAGGGGAAAGGGGUCUUUUAUUUAUAGGCAUUAUGGACUCGAGAAAGUUCACUAUGGGAUCUUCUUAGGAUAGGUCGCGAUCUCAAGACGACAUUGUCAUGGCCUUCUGAAGGGGGAAGAUCCCGUGAUGACUUCGCGGUCGCGAUCUACGAGUCACAGUCGUGAUCUUUCUCGCGAGCAAGAUAAGCGUUGGUCGUGAUUCGACUGGGGAAACUCUCUGUUUCUUCGAGGCUCCCUCCAUGCGAAGUUUGCGCCCUAAGCCUCCAAGAUCGCGGUCGCAAUCUUUAGCUUCUGGGCCGCGAUAUCCAAUUGGUCUUCGUGGCUUGUGAUUCUGGCCGUGAUCUUUGGCUUCUUCUAGGCCACGAUCUUUAGCGAACUGCCCCUUAUUUACACUUGUGGCCUUCUUUUGUACCUAAUUUGCAUAUAUCGACUAAUACACCCUAGAAUCACAGCGAAAUCAAAUAGGAACGCAAUA